AUGAAACCCCCCAAGAAAUUCACUCCACCCAAAUUCACACCAUACGAUGGGAAAUCAGAUCCACUCACACACAUUAGCUAUUAUUGGCAGAUGAUGUCUCUGUGGAACCGAAACGAGGCACUAAUGUGCAAAGUCUUUCCAUCUAGUCUAGGGGAGUCUGGACUCCGAUGGUUUGAUCAUCUCCCUGCUGAAUCGAUCUACAACUGGAAACAACUCUCUGAAGAGUUCCUGGCUAGAUUUGUUUCCAACACCAAAAUCCCUAUAAAGCCGGAUACCUUGUUCGGCCUCCAAAAGGAGCAGGAGGAAACAUUGCGUAAUUAUGCAAGAAGAUAUUGGAAGGAGUAUAAUGAUUUGGAGGAAAAUGUUUGCAACGAGCAAAUGGCUGUAAUGUCUUUUAAGCAUGGCUUACGUCCGAAAAGCAACCUGAGACAAUCACUCACUAAACGCCCAGCAACAGCACUAAAGGAUUUACAUGCCAGAAUUGAGCAAUAUGCUUGUCUCGAAGAUGAUCAGAUCCCCAUCGAGGUAGCAUUGGCUGAACAGUCAAAUCGGGGGAACAAAAGAAGAGCAGAUCGAGGGAAACCUCGAGGAAUUACAGUGAAUGAAGUAGGCAAAUCUAAAUCUCAUGAAGCAGUUGUUAUAGUCUUCAAAGAACCUAUUUACCUUAUUAUGGAGAAGAUCAAGAGAGAGCCAUUCUUUACUUGCCCACCGAAGAUGCUAGGAGACCCAGCUUGGCGUAACCAAAAGCUCAGAUGCAUUUAUCACCAAGACCGGGGGCAUAUGACUUAG